AUGGUGCUCUUAACGCAGAAAGAGUUGUUCGACGCAGUGUCUGCCAAAUUUCCGGAUCUCCUCACCAAACCUGUGCAUCGCCCCCUGCGGCUCACGAGCCCGCUGUACAAGAUGCAGCUGCAGGAGAAGACAGAUCUGUUCAAGUCGGCGCUCCAGGGAAUGCUCGCCGACAUCAGCAGCGGCAAGGAUGCGAUGGAGGUGGCGUACGACACUGAGCGCUCCAGGCUGUGGUCCUUCGGGCUCCAGCCGAUGUGGGAGGUCAGCUCGGACAAGCAGCAGUCGAGGCUGCUGGGCACGGAGAGCCUCGUGGCGCUGCACAGCAGCUCGUGGGCCGUGGGCCUCAUCCUGGACGUCCUGGACCACCUGCUCAACACCAAUGUCGAGGUCUACCUCCAGUUCAAGUUCCUGGAGAUCGAGGCGGCCAUCAGGGUUCUGGAGGUCUACCCGACCUUCCCCUCCAUCAGCGUGAACCUGCGGCCGUCCGAGUGGAUGAUGCCGGAGGUGCAGCGACGGGUGCUCGAGGCGUCUCACCGGGCGCCGGGGAGGCUCGCGUUCGAGUUAACGGAGUACACGCAGGAUGACCACUUCGUCCGCCUGUUCGGAGAGGAGGGCUCCCUCGCCCAGCGCCUGACCUCGACGCUGCUGCCAGUGCUCCGCCGCCUGAGAGAGGAGGGCGUCACCCUGGUGGCCGACGACCUGCUGCCCGGCGGCGUGUACCGCUACGAGAGCGAGGCCGCGCGCCGGGAGGGGCGCCGCCUCACGGACCACCACGCCACGGAGAGCGGCCUGGUGCUGUCGGACGAGUGGGCGGACGUAUUUCACGGCGUCAAGUUCGGCCUGGAGUGGGUCAUUCAUUCGAUGGCGAUCACGAAAAGCAUCGGCGCGGACUACGCGGCUGUGCCUCUGUACGCCCGCAACGUCAAGGACAACCCCGCCUACGUGGCGGCCGUGACCGACGGCCACGUGCCAGAGGAGGAGGCGGACCGGCUGCUGGCCCUGCAGGCGCUGCAGGAGGCCGCGGCGGCGGCGUUGCGGGACGCGCUGGAGAAGAUGAAGAGGCGGUCCUUCUCUCUCCUGCCGGUGUUCGAGGGCACGGUGCCGCACGGCGCCGCCGCCUCUUGGGGCCUCGAGGGCGUCGCGAGGGAGCAGGGCGGCAUGCUCUUCGAGGCCAGGUUCCCCCCCGCCUGGUUCUACGGCAGAAUACCAGACACACCUCACGCGCGGGUUCCCUCGGAUUCUCCCUGCAAGAGGCGUCUGCCGACGCAGUGA